UCUUUUCCUUCUCCGCUUCUCUCCCCUCAUCUCAGUGUAUCAUUCCUCUCUCUCCACACCAGUCCUCACCUUUUCUUUUCCCCUUGUCCUGGCAGCACAGUGUGCCUUGAGUGUGCGGUAGAACAUGUCCACUGAUGCACACCUUGCUUGAGGUCUGAGGUUAUAGGCUAUGCUCCUGCACUCUGCGGUGCUCUGUUGUGUUUGGACGUUUGACUGGCGGAAGAUUUGAUAAAUGAGACCAAUGCUCUAGAGGAUGUACUACGUGAAAAAGAAGUCCCAGUACAACUUGCUGAGCAGCAGCAUGGAGAGCCUGGGGAGCCGCGCCACGUCCGCCAGCCCCUACAGCUCCGAGAACACGUCUUCGUCGGCCGUGCCCACCCCUUCGCCUUACUCCCAGCCCAACUCCACCUUUGAGGGCCUGUCCCCUGCCCCGGCAAUCCCCUCCAACACCGACUACCCGGGGCCACAUGCCUUCCAGGUGUCCUUCCAGCAGUCCAGCACCGCCAAGUCCGCCACAUGGACCUACUCUCCUUUACUGAAGAAGCUCUACUGUCAAAUUGCCAAAACCUGCCCAAUCCAGAUCAAGGUGUCGUCCUCUCCUCCUCAUGGGAGCAUCAUCCGAGCCAUGCCAGUCUACAAAAAGGCAGAGCAUGUCACAGAGGUCGUCAAACGGUGCCCCAACCACGAACUUGGACGGGAAUUCAAUGAUGGUCAAACAGCUCCAGCCAGUCACCUGAUCAGAGUAGAGGGAAACAACCUUUGUCAGCAUGUGGAUGAUCCAGUCACUGGCAGACAAAGUGUCUUUGUGCCCUAUGAGGCUCCGCAGGUUGGGACUGAGUUUACUACCAUCCUUUACAAUUUCAUGUGCAACAGCAGCUGUGUGGGUGGGAUGAACAGGAGACCAAUUCUCAUCAUCAUUACUUUGGAAACCAGAGACGGCCAGGUGUUGGGCAGACGAUCAUUUGAGGGUCGGAUAUGCGCAUGUCCUGGCAGAGACCGCAAAGCAGAUGAGGACCACUUCAGGGAGCAACAGGCCCUGAAUGACAGCGUGGUCAAAAACGGAAGUGCCAACAAGCGCAAUUUUAAACAAAGUCCACCAAAUAUUUCCAGUCCACAUAUCAACAUAAGAAAAAGACGGCAUGGAGAGGAAGAGAUUUACUAUAUUCCUGUUCGUGGGCGGGAUAAUUUUGAGCUGCUGAUGAAGAUUAAAGACAGUUUGGAGCUGGUUGAGUUGGUACCGCAGCCACUGGUGGACUCCUACAGACAACAAACACAACAGCAGCUGCUGCAGAGACCGAACCAUAUAGCAUCCCCCUCCUCUUAUUCUCCGUUGUCCAACAUGAACAAGAUGCAUUCACACAGUGGCCUCGGAAAGACACAGUCCCUCAACCAGAUGAUGGGGCACCAACCUCAGCAGCAUCCCAACGCCAACCCCAACCUUGCUCACAUGGGUCAGAGCAUUCUCAACAGCAACCACAUGCAGGGUAACGGUGACAUGAACAGUGGCCACAGCAGUCAGAAUAUAGUGUCUGCUUCCCACUGCAGCCCGCCACCUUAUAACCCUGACCCCAGCCUUGUCAGUUUUCUCACCAGUCUGGGUUGUCAGAACUUCAUUGAGUACUUCACCUCACAAGGCCUCCAGUCUGUCUACCAUCUCCAAACCCUUACAAUGGAGGAUUUAGGUGCUCUGAAGAUACCCGAACAGUCUCGCCUUGCAAUCUGGCGAGGUCUGCAGGACAUGAAACAAGGAGCUGUUCAUCAACUUCCCAACUCCACCCAUCACCACGAAUACCACGGCCAGCAGCUGCUUCGCUCCAGCAGCAACAUGGCAGCCUCGGCGAUGGCAGCUAUCGGGGCGGCAGGCGGGGAGCUGCAGCGUCAGCGGGUCAUGGAGGCUGUGCACUUUCGUGUCCGCCACACCAUCACAAUCCCCAAUAGGCCUGGAGUUGUGGGGCCAUCUGGGAUGACCCCAGCUCCUGAUGAAUGGGCUGACUUUGGUUUUGACAUGCCUGACUGCAAAGAGUCCCGAAGCAAGCAUUCCAUCAAGGAGGAAUUCAUGGAGAGCGAUGUUCACUGAGACUGCACUUAUUUUUUUUUAUGUCAGCAUAAUUAAUUGCUUGUUUAUGUGCUCCAUCAGGACGUCUGGUGGUCUCGAGAGUUUGGAUCUUUCCCAAAGAAUUAACUUCCUUUUGAAUUGUUGGAUUAUUCUCAAUAUCUUUAAAAAUCAUUUUCCUCCCCAGGAUAACACACACAAUUCUACACAUGCAAAGUAAAUUACAGAUAUAACCAUGACUUUUUGAACAGUACACCUACAACUAUUUCUUUCCGUCAUAAUGUUCACAUGUAGAAAGCCAGCCACCAGUUUGCAAGUUUUAUGGGGUAUUUUUGUUUGUUUGCAUAUCAUUUCUUCUCAACUAAAUUAUUUAUUUUCAGUUUUUUUCCUAACUUGUACAAAUGUAUAUAGAGUAUGUUGUAAAUGUUUUGGAAUAGAUGUGGUUAAGGGUAUUUAGAUUCUAAAUGAUGCUGUAUGAACCAAAUGUUUAGGACUGAAUAGUAAGUCAAUGCUAUGGCUACAAUACCACAGUUAUGUAUUUUUUAUUAACUAUGACAACAUGAAUAACUUUUAGUUGAAUAUGUUGUUCAUUUAUGUUGACUUCAGCUUUACUUGUGUAUAUGUUAACAAGUGUUACGGCUUUUACUAUUUAAUAUGCUCUAGAAAAUACUGUGCUUGUCCUUUAUUUUAGUAACAUACUCACAAACAGCAGGAAGAAACAAAGCUUCUGAAACAGUAUUAUAGUGAAAUGACUGGAUUUUAAUUUGUUGUGUAAAUAAUAAAUUAAGAAUAAGAUCCCCGUUUAUCAAGAUGCAUUUUCAGAGUAGCUUGAAAGUCCUUGCAGGGCAAGGUCACCAUAUGUUGACUACUGCAGGAAUAGCAUGGAAUAGUCUUAAACCAUUUUUCAAUUAUGCAAAGACUGAAAACUUUUUCUCAAAGCCCUUUUAGUUUACUAAUGGAAUUCCCAGUUUCCCUAGUUACUCAAGGGAAAAAUAUUAAGAAGAAAAGAAGAUGGCUUAAGACUUUUUCAAAGUUUUGUGUGUGUGUGUGUGUCUUUAUGGUUCUUUUUUAUUACUCCAUUCCAGUUUUUUUUUUUGUAGAUUUCAAACCAACAACAACAAAAAAAUGUGUCAUACCAUCACAUUUAUGCGCAGAACUUUGGUCUGCACCAAAAUAAAAACCUAAUUUACGGCCAUUUUCUAAAAUCCUUAGAAAAUGGCUUCUUUUUUAAGUCUCCCCAGUGAGAAACAUAGUGUCACCCACUCACCACUGCAUGGUCUAAGAACAAGCACUUUAAUGCUUUAAAGUUAAAUGUCCAAAUGAUCAGUAUUAGGUAAAUGCAAUUUCAAAAUGUAAAUAAAAAAUGUUUUGUUUAAAUA